AAACAGAAUCCGAAUACAGAAGCAGACCCUCCUCCUCCACCUCCGCCUCUGCGCUAUCUCUGGGUGUAAGAAGAAAAAGAAAUAAAAGAAGAGGCCAGGGAGUGGGAAAUCAGCGGUUGUGUUGGAUCCACCGUUAAUUCAUUUCCAGAUCGUCGAUUCGUCGAUUUCCCCCUUCCACAACCCCAUCUUUUCAUCUUCAGGGUGCAUAGGAGGAGUAAUAAUAAUGGCUUCAAAGCGUAUUUUGAAGGAACUCAAGGAUUUACAGAAGGAUCCGCCUACUUCUUGCAGUGCAGGCCCUGUAGCUGAAGAUAUGUUUCACUGGCAAGCAACAAUAAUGGGACCUGCUGAUAGUCCAUAUGCAGGAGGGGUAUUUCUAGUUACUAUCCAUUUUCCUCCUGAUUAUCCUUUCAAGCCCCCAAAGGUUGCAUUUAGGACCAAGGUCUUUCAUCCCAACAUUAAUAGUAAUGGAAGCAUUUGUCUUGAUAUUCUCAAAGAGCAAUGGAGUCCUGCUCUUACCAUCUCUAAGGUACUGCUCUCCAUUUGCUCAUUGCUGACUGAUCCAAAUCCUGAUGAUCCUCUUGUACCGGAGAUUGCCCAUAUGUACAAGACUGACCGAUCCAAAUAUGAAGCCACUGCUCGCAGCUGGACACAGAAGUAUGCCAUGGGCUGAGGUUAUGGAGGCAAUGUAUAAAUGGUUUAUAUUUAUCGUAAUAUGUGUUGAAACAUAGUCUGUUUUACUCUUUUGGUGUUGGUUUAAGGGUGGGUUUCAAUUUCGGAAGAAUGGAUGACAUUCCAUGCACCUCCAAACAAUGUUUUGGGGAUUGCAUGGAAAAUAACUGAAUGGAAAGUAUGUUGUUUUGAUCUA